GGAAAAUUCCUGCGGGCGCCGCGCCAUUGAACGCUCCGGACCUUUCUUCCUCCCUCCUCCGACCCACUCUCGCGUCCGCGUCCAUCGCUUCCCACUCCUUGCCUUCCUUAAUCCCGCCCGCGCUCGUUGCCCCCUCCCCACCACCGGGCUUAUGGCGGAUCAGCUCACCGACGACCAGAUCGCCGAGUUCAAGGAGGCCUUCAGCCUCUUCGACAAGGACGGCGAUGGUUGCAUCACAACCAAGGAGCUGGGUACUGUCAUGCGCUCACUGGGCCAGAAUCCUACAGAAGCUGAGCUCCAGGACAUGAUCAAUGAGGUUGAUGCCGAUGGCAAUGGCACCAUCGAUUUUCCAGAAUUUCUCAAUCUUAUGGCUCGCAAGAUGAAGGACACUGACUCAGAGGAAGAGCUUAAGGAGGCCUUCCGUGUGUUUGACAAGGACCAAAAUGGCUUCAUCUCCGCCGCUGAGCUCCGCCAUGUCAUGACAAACCUUGGUGAGAAGUUAACUGAUGAGGAGGUGGAUGAGAUGAUCCGUGAGGCUGAUGUCGAUGGUGAUGGUCAGAUCAAUUAUGAGGAGUUCGUCAAGCCUCGGCGUGGUAGGUACCAGCUACCACAAGCCCCCCGGUAUUUAAGGUUCCAAGAAGUUGUCUCAACUUGUGCUGCGCCUUGGGGAGUUCUCAUGGAGCAGGGCAAGAAAGCAAAGGUACUGUGCCUGCAUGGCUUCCGGACAAGUGGGGAUUUCUUGAAGAAGCAGAUCAGCAAGUGGCACCCUUCUAUAUUCCAGCAGUUUGACAUGGUAUUCCCUGAUGGCAUCUUCCCAGCUGGUGGAAAGUCGGAAAUAGAGGGCAUAUUUCCACCACCGUACUUUGAGUGGUUCCAGACUUCCAAGGAAUUCACUGAAUCCACAAAUCUAGAUGAAUGCAUUUCAUAUCUGUGUGAUUAUAUGGUGGAAAAUGGACCUUUUGAAGGCCUACUUGGAUUCUCCCAGGGUGCAACACUUUCAGCCCUUCUGAUUGGCUACCAAUCACAGGGCAAGGUUUUGAGUGAUCAUCCACCAAUUAAGUUUAUGGUCUCCAUAUCUGGGAGCAAGUUCAGGGACCCAAGCAUCUGCAAUAUCGCCUACAAGGACCCGAUCAAGGUGAAAUCAGUGCAUUUUAUUGGAGAGAAGGACUGGCUCAAAACACCCUCCGAGGAGCUGGCUUCUGCCUUUGUUGACCCCAUCAUCAUAAGGCAUCCCCAAGGCCAUACAGUCCCUAGGCUUGACGAUGCAUCUGUUAAACAACUUUCUGAAUGGAGCUCAAACACCCUGGAAGACCUCAAGAAUGAAGAUGGUAAUGUUCCCGAGGCCUUGGAUUCAGAUGAGGGUACUGAUGUUGAACUUGCAGAAAACAACAUGGUGGAACAAGUUGCUGCUUGAGCAUACUUGCUACAUGAUCUGGCUGUGUUUGAAACCCGUUCUCACUUUUCUAUAACUUGAGUAAUCCAUGGAAUCAGCGCGAUCUAUAUGUGCAUCCCAUUUGCUAAAAAAGAACUCAUUCUCUGAAGUUUCAGCUGAAACAAGUUGGUUCAGACAUUCAAUGUAAUGUACAAAUGCUUGCGUUCGCAAGGUAUCCUCGUAAGCGAACUUUAUUGAGAUAUGGCAACGGUCUAUUUCUGUU